UUUGAAUCAACAGUACUGGGCCUCAGUAGCAGCAGAUUACGCACCACGCUGAACAGAAUCCAGGAGAGUCUGAUUGAUCUGGAGGUCUCUGCUGAUCCCACAGGAACUCUCACAGCUGCUGAAGAGAGGAAGGAGAAGGUGCCAAGCCCACAUCUCAGUCAUCUCGUAGUUUUGACAUCUGGCAAUUCACUGUAUGGUUUGGCAGAGAGAGUGGUGGCCACGGAAUCAUUGGUAUUUCUGGCUGAGCAAUUUGAGUUUCUUCAGCCUCAUCUUGAUGCUGUGAUGCCAGCUGCCAAGAAGCCUUUUCUUCAGCAGUUCUACUCUCAGACAGUGUCAACUGCCAGUGAACUACGUAAACCAGUUUAUUGGAUUGUUGCUGCUAAAGCCAUUGACUAUGAACAAAUGCUGCUUCUCAUGGCUAAUGUAAAAUGGGAUGUGAAGGAAAUCAUGUCACAACACAAUAUAUAUGUAGAUGCUCUUUUAAAGGAAUUUGAAGAAUUUAACAGAAGGUUGAACGAGGUGUCUAAGAGAGUCCGUAUUCCACUGCCAGUCUCCAACAUCCUUUGGGAGCACUGCAUACGCUUGGCCAAUAGAACUCUCGCGGAAGGUUAUGCCAAUGUAAAGAAGUGCAGCAAUGAAGGACGUGCCUUGAUGCAACUGGACUUUCAACAAUUCUUAAUGAAACUGGAAAAGUUAACAGACAUUAGGCCUAUUCCAGAUAAAGAGUUUGUGGAGACCUACAUUAAAGCAUACUACCUAACAGAAAAUGACAUGGAACGCUGGAUAAAAGAACACAGGGAAUAUUCCACUAAGCAGUUGACCAAUCUGGUGAAUGUUUGUCUGGGAUCCCACAUCAACAAAAAGGCAAGACAGAAGCUGCUAGCUGCUAUUGAUGACAUAGACAGGCCUAAAAGAUAACUGGAGAAAGCUACUUUCCUCGUGACUUGUACCUUUUUCUGUUCAUGUGAAGCAUGCAGACAAAUCUCUCAUGGACUAAUGACAACAUUCUCUUAAAAAAACAUUGUGCAUGACCUUUCUUACCAGCAUUGGAGACACUCUGAAGUGGCAUAAUGUUCUAAAAUAUGAAUUUUCUAAUCUGUAGAAUUCUUUUCUGUUGUGUUUCUUUGGGUUUUUUUUGUUUGGUUGUUUUUUUGUUACUUGCCCUUAGUAAAGGGCCACUGUUUGUGUAUCAUUGGUGAGCUGUAUAUUUUGCAAAACUGUAUACUGUAAGUAAAAUCAAAAUCAGAGAGAAACACAUUGGCUUAAUAUAUAGUUGAUGCUCUUUUUUAAUAAAAGGGCUACUUGAAAAUAUGAUUUCUUUCCUCCCUGCGUUCACCCUCAGAAAUUGCGCUUUAUCAUGGACCAGUGUAAAAUGAAAGGAAGUGAACAAUAUUUGAUCAAUGUAUCUUGCAUGUGGAUUAAGAGUGCAGAUCAACUAAAUAUGCUCAUGUUAAAGCCUCUCAUCUUUAUAUGUAUUUAAAAAUGUCUGUUUAUUUCAGAGUUAAUUUAGUCAUAUCAAAACUAUUGACUUCACAUUAAUAGAAAGUAAUAAAUACCGUA